AGUGGUGACUUUAGUGACGAUGAGGAUGCGGAUGUGAAUUGGGAUAAACUUGGAUUUGGAUUGACCCAAACCGAUUACAUGUACGUUAUGAGCUGUUGUAAAGACCAAAGAUUUCUAAAAGGACAGCUCUGUCGAUAUGCCAAUAUCGAGUUAAGCCCUUCCGCAGGUGUCUUAAACUAUGGACAGGGCGUAUACGAAGGCAUGAAAGCUAACAGGACACAAGAUGGGCGAAUUCUUCUAUUCCGAGCAGACCAAAACGCAGGUCGAAUGAGGCACGGGGCUGAAAGAAUGUGCAUGCCAUCCCCUUCCAUUGACCAAUUUAUUGAUGCAGUUAAGGAAACUGUAUCGGCUAACAAGCGUUGGAUUCCUCCUCCAGGAAAAGGGUCACUGUAUGUUAGGCCUAUGCUUCUAGGGACUGGUCCUAUAUUAGGCUUGGCACCUGCUCCGGAAUAUACUUUCCUCAUUUAUGUUUCCCCUGUUGGUUACUAUUUCAAGGAGGGUACUGCACCUUUGAACUUAUACAUCGAGGAAGAAUAUGUUAGGGCUUCUCCUGGAGGAGCUGGAGGAGUGAAGUCAAUCACCAACUACGCACCAGUUAUGAAAGCAAUUACCAAAGCCAAAGACCGAGGAUUUUCUGAUGUCUUAUAUCUUGACGCCAUUAAUAAAAAGUAUCUGGAAGAGGUCUCCUCUUGUAAUAUUUUCAUUGUUAAGGGAAAUGUGAUUUCAACUCCGGCAACAAAUGGGACUAUUCUUGAAGGGGUAACUCGAAAAAGCAUCAUUGAGAUUGCGAAGGAUCAUGGUUACCAAGUCGAGGAACGGUCGGUUGCGGUUGAUGAAUUGGUUGAUGCCGAUGAUGCGGUCGUUGAGAGCACCAAAAAUAACCUAUUUCCUGUAAAAUAAUAAAAAUAGAAAAAGAAUAGUAAAGGGAAAGUAGGGUCGAAUCCUCAGGAACCGGAUUAUACGAAUGCUUGUUUCUCGAAAUCCUGGACAGAAUUGUGCCCAAGAAAACUUGCGUUCCUGGAAAAAAUAAAAAAAAAUAGAUUUUAAGAAUUGAUUUUGGAAGCGAAAAUAAAA